AGAGAAGUCCAACACGCUGCGCAAGCUAAAGGAGACGUUCACGCGCGUGCGCGAGGGCCCGCCGCGCGCCCGGACGCCGGCCGGCCCUGGGCCCGGCCCGGCGCCAGGCCCCGUGACGCCCGAGGUGGUGGUGAAGCGGGAGUCGACGGCCAUCCCGCGGGAGCAGAGGUGUCAGGCGAUCGAGGCGCGCAUCAGCAACGCCGGCUUCUUCCGCGAGUUCGAGUCGGUGGUGAAGAAGCGCGACUCGGCCGAGUACACCACUGCGCGCCGGCCCGAGAACGAGAACAAGAACAGGUUCAGGGACGUGCUGCCGUACGAAGACAACCGGGUGCGAGUCACGCCCUCCAGAGACAACCCCACCGGCUACAUCAACGCCUCCCACAUCAGCGUGACCAUGGGCAGCCAGCAGCGGUUCUACAUCGCGGCGCAGGGCCCGCUGCCGACGACCGUGCUGCACUUCUGGCAGGCCGUCUGGGAGAAUAACGUGCACCUGGUGGUCAUGCUGACGGACGCCACGCGUGGCCUGGACAAGGCGUUCCCGUACUGGCCGCAGCAGGACGACACGAGCGUCGAGUGCGGCGACUUCACCGUGGCGCGCAAGAUGUCGACGCCGUCGCGCGCCUACGUCACCUCGCGCCUGCUGCUGACGGAGCGCGGCUCGCGCAAGUCGCGCGUCGUCUGGCACCUGCAGUUCACCGACUGGGCCGACCACGGCUGCCCGGAGGACGCGGCCGGCUUCGUGCAGUUCGUGGACGAGCUGGCGACGCUGCGGCAGACGGCCGCCAGCGAGAUGGCCGUGGCGCACGGCGGCAGUCGCAACACGCCUGUGCUGGUGCACUGCUCGGCGGGCGUCGGCCGCACCGGCGUCACCGUCAUGUGCGACGUGCUGCUGCACUGCCUCGACCACAACCUGGAGGUGGACGUGCCGAAGCUGCUGCACCACCUGCGGCAGCAGCGCAUGCUCAUGGUGCAGACGAUGACGCAGUACAAGUUCAUCUACCAGGUGCUGGUGCACUACCUGAAGCGGUCGCGGCUGAUUUAGCAGCGGCCGGCGUCCGUCGCCAGCGCAUUCCGUCCCCCGACUGUGAUUUGGAGAGAGUGGGAGAGAGUGAGUGCGCGCCGCGUCCUCUUGUUCGCCGAUCAGCGCCCGUGCCAUGUACGCUGCAUCAUCAUGUUCAUCGCCCAUAACGACGUUAUCGCAAAUAUACGCUAUAUCAUUG